AUGGCACAACCCUUUUCCCUUCUGGGCCUCAUUGCGAGCCUCCUCGCCCUCCUGCCUAUUGAUGCGGCCCUGGGAGCCAUGGACAGAAUCAAAGACAUCAGAGCACCUUUUCUGACCGAGCACCAACCGAACUCGCCCGCCUUGGAUUAUAAAGACGACGAGAUUAAGGACCAGAACGACCAGAACGUCCUCGUCAGGGACGUGCCCCUCUAUCAGAGUGAACUUGCCAAAGACCCGGAGAACAAACCAUGGUGGGCUGGCGACCUCACCAGCAUCAACGGUUACUUCUUCUCGGAACACGGCGCCAGUUACUGCACCGGUAAAUAA